ACAGCUCCAGGAAACAGUUGUUGUCCUCACAGACGCUGUUCAAAAAUUAAGCAGAAAAAUGGAUGACCGUGCAAUGAACAAUGAAGAACAGGAAAAUGGAAAAUACGAAAUAAUAGGGAGGAUACCAGUUCAGAAUUUGAAAGAGAUGGAAGAGUUGGAGAAGAUACUAGAAACCCCUCAAUUUAGUAGGCAGUUGUUUAAGGUUCUAACCUCGGUCGGGGGGAAGGAUGUAAAAACCAUGACAUACAACUGCCUACGACGGUUGAUGUCCUACCAGGUUGCGGUAGAAUACUCUUACAGCGGCAACACUGCAAGAAAUAAGGAAAAGACGAAGAAAAUUGCAUUUUCGAAAACAAAUGCCUGCAAAAUCGCACACGAAGCUGUAAAAAGAGUAAACCCAGUGGCAACUGAGGAAGUUGUAAAGACGUGGAUGGGAAAGUGGCUGCAACAAGCGAAAUAUAGACUAGAUCGAAAAUCUUCUGAAGCAGGCGGAGUAGUUGAAGUUGGAGAAGAAGUUGAAGAAGAGGAAGUAGGCCUACAAUAAUGGAAAUUAUAUUUACUAUACAUAAUAAUAAAUUUUCUUGAAACGUGAA